CAAAACAUCUGUUGUAUUUUGCAUAAUUUUUAUUUAAUGAUUUAAUUAUUAAAUUUACAAUGUGUGAAAUUUUUCCUGAAGUACAAUCAUGCUGUUUAUUUGUGAACCUACGAAUGGGAAUGCUUCUAAUAUCAGUAUUAUGUAUAAUGACGGGUGUGACGCUGCUGUGCAUCAUAGAGCAGAGGACGAACGCCAACUUCAAGAACCUGAAGAAUGUCACCGACAUUAACCAGCCAACAAAGGCCGUGUCAGCUGCUCACCAGGUCAUCGUGACGGGACUGUCGGGCAUGUCAAUAGUGUUCAUGAUCACAGGCUCCAUACUGCUUUUCGCUACAAUCACGGAUCAAGAAGGCCUAGUCCAAAUAUUCGUCUGGGUGACGUUCCUGAACGUUCUGGUCGGCUUCAUACUGACGUUCAUGGUGGGGUUCUCAUGUCUGUUCCGGUCGAGUUGCUUGCUGUCUAGCAUGGACUGGCUGUCGGGGUCGGCGCUGUUAGUGAUGUUCGUGGCUUAUAUGUUCCUAUGGAUCUACUUCAUAGUAGUGGCGAACAGCUAUGUACUGAAUGUCUUCGUGUAAAAAAAGAAGAUUAGGUUUCGUAUUUGAAAGUCGGAUCGGAAUAAUCGAUUUG